GCAUCAACCUAACUUGGCACCGGAGCAAAAGCAAACCCAGCCAGCGCGCGAGGCAUAAUCAUCAUCAGGGUUCAGGACGGGCCGACGGGGGUGUUGCUAUCCUCUCGCCGUGACUCCGCCCGUCCCUCCGGAGUCCGUCCAGAUCUUGUCGUCUCGAUGAGAUAGAUGUUUCCACUCCCCUCCGGUAGUUAGUUGAUCAGGAUUGGCGUUCCGUUUCCAGCCCUAACACACACACACACACACACACACGACCCGACCGUACAAACCCAGUGGAAUCAGGUUGGGACUCGACGCGACGCGAAGCGAGCGAUGCUGGCGCGCUUCUUCGGCCGCGCCGACGCCGGCGCGCCGGAGCCCUUCUCCUUCGCCGAGCCCCUCCCGACGUGGCCACAAGGUAAUGGAUUUGCGCGGGGGAGGAUGUGCGUGGGAGGCGGGGAGCUGGAGCUCGCCGCGGCCACCUCCUUCGAGAGGAUCUGCACCCUGUCGCCGUCGCCGCGUCGGGACUGCAAAAGCAGCGUCACCUUCUACAGGCCGCUGGCCGUCCCCGAGGGCUUCUCCGUGCUCGGCCACUACUGCCAGCCCGACAGCCGCCCGCUCCACGGCCACCUCCUCGUCGCCAAGGCCUCCGCGCGCGCGCACCACCCGCCACGUUCCACGCAGCCGCCUCUCUGCGCGCCGCGGGACUACGAGCUCCUCUGGGCCUUCCAUGCCAGCGGCGGCAGUGCUGCUGCAGGUGGGGGGAGGAGCUCUUCUUCUUCUUCUGGCUAUGGCCGCAGCGACGCCUACUUCUGGCUCCCCGUGCCGCCGGAGGGGUACCGGGCGCUCGGGUUCCUCGUCACGGCGGAUCCCGGCAAGCCGCCGCUGAAGGAUGCCGGCUGCGUCCGCACCGACCUCACCGACGAGUGCGAGCCGCACGGCUCGCUGCUCCACCUGCAGCUCACACGGCCGUCGUCCUCGUCGCCCGGCGAAGCCUUCGCCGUGCGUGGCGUGAGGCCGCUGCGCCGUGGGAUGUCAGAGAAGGGCAUCGGCGCCGGGACCUUCUGCUGCGCCGUGGUGGGCGGCUGCUCCACGCUGCGCGAGCAGGGCCUCGCGUGCCUGAAUAACGUCGAGCUCGAUCUGUCGGCGAUGCCGACGCUGGAGCAGCUUCACGCCGUGAUCCAGCACUACGGGCCAACGGUCUUCUUCCACCCGAAAGAGGUGUACCUGCCGUCGUCCGUCUCCUGGUACUUCAAGAACGGGGCGUCGCUGUACAGGAAAGGAGGAGGGUGCGACGCCGUGGGCGAGGAGAUCGACGGCGAGGGGUCCAACCUCCCGGGCGGCGGGUGCAACGACGGGGAGUACUGGAUCGACCUGCCGCAGGACACCCAGAGAAGGGCAGCGGUCUGCCGUGGCGACAUCGGCAGCGCGGAGCUGUACGCGCACGUCAAGCCGGCCAUGGGGGGCGCGUGCACCGACGUCGCCAUGUGGGUGUUCUGCCCCUUCAACGGCCCGGCCAGGCUCAAGCUUGGCGUGCUCAACGUCCCGCUCGGCAAGACCGGGCAGCACGUCGGCGACUGGGAGCACUUCACGCUGCGCGUCAGCAACUUCACUGGGGAGCUCAUGGCCGUGUACUUCUCGCAGCACAGCGGCGGGAGGUGGGUGGACGCGUCCGCGCUGGAGUACGCGGCGGGGAACAGGCCGGUAGUGUACUCCUCCAGGAACGGGCAUGCCAGCUACCCGUACCCCGCCGUGUACCUGCAGGGCUCGGCGGCGCUCGGGAUCGGCAUACGGAACGACGCCGCACGGAGCAAGCUGUUCGUCGACUCCAGCGUCAAGUACAGGAUCGUGGCGGCCGAGUACCUCGGAGACGGCGUCGUCGCCGAGCCACAGUGGCUGCAGUACAUGCGGGAGUGGGGGCCGACGGUGGUCUACAAUUCGAGGAAGAGGAUGGAGCGGAUUGUCGGGCGUCUGCCUCGCGGGCUCAGGGAUACAGCCGAGAACAUACUGAACAAGAUGCCAAACGAGCUGUCCAAGGAGGAAGGGCCGACAGGGCCUAAGGAGAAGAAUAUGUGGGAGGGGGACGAAAGAUGGUAGGCAUCACUUUUCUUUUCAGAUUGUUAAACUUCAUUGGUGAGUUGUUAUAUUGGCAUAACACUAUGACAAUUGACACCAGAAGUAGAAUCAUGCUUGUAAGACAAACUGUGAGUCAGCGAGUGACUGUAACCUCCUCCAAUGGCCUUGGAUUGUAUAAUUUGAUCUGUGAGUUUGAUUA